CAGAGGCUGGAGGACCGGGGAGGGGUCGGCAUCAUGACUCACCUGCAAACAGGACUGUCCCCCGAGACGCUGGAGAAGGCCAGGAUCGAGCUGAACGAGAAUCCGGACACCCUGCACCAGGACAUCCAGGAGGUGAGGGACAUGGUCAUCACCCGGCCGGACAUCGGCUUCCUCCGGACGGACGAUGCCUUCAUCCUCCGCUUCCUGCGGGCCAGGAAGUUUCAGCACUUUGAGGCGUUCCGCCUGCUGGCUCAAUACUUCGAGUACCGCCAGCAGAACCUGGACAUGUUCAAAAGCUUCAAGGCCACCGACCCCGGCAUCAAGCAGGCGCUGAAGGAUGGGUUCCCCGGGGGACUGGCCAACCUGGACCACUACGGCCGGAAGAUCCUCGUCCUGUUCGCUUCCAACUGGGAUCAGAGCAGAUACACCUUAGUGGAUAUAUUACGGGCCAUCCUACUUUCUUUAGAAGCUAUGAUUGAAGAUCCUGAACUUCAAGUGAAUGGAUUUGUUUUGAUUAUUGACUGGAGUAACUUCACGUUCAAGCAGGCAUCCAAACUCACUCCCAGCAUGCUGAGAUUGGCAAUUGAGGGACUCCAGGACAGCUUUCCUGCUCGAUUUGGAGGAAUUCAUUUCGUCAACCAGCCCUGGUACAUCCAUGCUCUCUACACGGUGAUACGACCUUUCUUAAAGGAGAAGACUCGGAAAAGGAUAUUCUUGCACGGCAACAACCUGAACAGCCUGCACCAGCUGAUCCACCCCGAGAUCCUGCCCUCGGAGUUCGGCGGGAUGCUGCCACCCUAUGACAUGGGCACCUGGGCCCGGACGCUACUGGACCACGAGUACGACGAUGACAGCGAAUACAAUGUGGACCCCUAUAGCAUGCCAGUGAAAGAGGUCGAGAAAGAACUGUCUCCCAAGUCCAUGAAGCGGUCUCAGUCGGUAGUAGAUCCCGGGAUGCUCAAACACAUGGAUAAACAUGAAGAAGAGAACCUGCAGCCCCUGCUUUCUCUGGACUAAUAGCCCUCGGCACCAGAAAGGGAAGGCACCUGCUUUGGACAGUCACCGAGACACGGGGAGAGCAUGCAUAGGCUGGAAUCCUAUUUAUUCACCUUCACGGAACAUCAUGUCUCAAGGCAGCGGGCUGGACCAGGUCUGGUUGACGUAUGGGUGCCCUGAGAAACAGGAAAAAAAAAAUUGAUAAUCUAUUCUGAAAGUGCCAACUUGUUUGUAAAUAGAAUAUAAUCUCCACUUCAUGUUUGUAUGCCUUGGUAGCAUUGUAGCCUAGGGAGAAGGGAACUGUGUGUCUUUUUCAGGGGCCACCGCGCAGUAGCAAGAAAAUCCAAUCGGAUUCAAUGUGGUCAUGUUUUCUCUGAACCCACAUGGCUUCCUCUUCAUCCUCUCAGACUCCCUGGCGGUGUUGACGUACUUUUGAAGGGAAGAAGAGAAUGUAAGGGCUGGCACACCGUUGCAAUGACAAAUACAUUUCCUGUUCAGGGAAUUUCAUUUCAUGGGUAAUUUGGAGCCCUAGGGCCCCCAGGGAGGAGAGACGUGCACGCAGAGGGAUGGAAAAUUAGGGGAUCCAGGAUCUGAGCUCCCGAACUGUUUUCUAUUGUUGGAUUCUUUCAGCUCUAGGAAGUGAGAAUUCCUCACAAAGAAGAUGGGGUGUUCAGAAGCAGUUAAGCCGCUCUCAACUCUACCGUCAGGAAAAUUUGGGCUGAGGUCACAUUCCCUCUUGGCUUCUUUCAGGAACUCCUUCUUGAAUGAUUGUACUGGGAGAGAGAAAUCUCAGAAAAGCUUCUCGACGACAAGACAAGAUUUGCCACUGGACACUGAAGGGUGCUUUUUGAAUCCCUUGCCUGGGGUGAUAAAAAAUAUAUAGAUAUUUUACAGCAUUCAGAUAAACCCAUGAGGUGAAGUCUAUUCAUCUAGGGUUUAUAAGAACAGUCACACUUACUCAAUGUGCUUAGAGAUGUGAUCGAUUCUUAAAUGAGACAUGACUGAAACUUAGAGCAUUACCCAUAGAUUUACACUUUAAGAGUUAUUGGAAGCAAGGGGAAAGGAAACAACAUCUUGGCAAACCUGCUUAGAGACAUUCUAAUUUUUGUGGUAAAGUAGCUUCUAAUGUGCACCAUAUUGGCUAAACACUCCUGUCUUAUCUCAGGAGAUGGGGAGAGGGACUGAAAACAGAGACUGGUCUCUGUCAGGAAAGGGAAAUUCUGAAGUGGGGGGGUAAAGAUUAGUUUCCAAACACUUCAGAUGAAAGUGAACACAGAUUUCCUCUAAACCCACUGUGGGCAGGGAACAAGCAUAUCAACUUUGUCAUAUUGUGCUCUCCCAAGUGCUUAGGACAGUGCUUUGCAUCCAGUGAGAGCUCAAUAAAUAUGAUUUAUUGAUUUUCCCCAUUCUGCCUAGAGUGGAGAGACACAGUGAGCUGGGCUUGCCUCCCUGUGGAGAGGAGCCUAAGGGGCAAAAUCACUCUCCUUUAUAUGAAUGUGUGUUCUGUAUAGGCCGAAUGCUGGUCUCUGAUUGUAAGCUCCUUGUGGGCAGGGGAAUGUGUCUACUGACUCUAUUGUACUCUCCCAAGCACUUAGAACAGUGCUCUGCAUACAGUAAGCACCAAAUACAUGCCAUUAAUUAUAUGCCCUCGAUUGUGACGAGCCUGAGCCGUAGGCUGGGGUCAGGGGGAGGAGGUAAUGAGGAAGUGCCGGGUGUUCUUUCAGCAGUUCAGCUCCCAAAUGUGAACUCAUAUGUUCCAAAUACCAAAUUUUAAAACAAAGCUAUUCUUCAGAUGAAGUGGUGAUGUGGAGGAAAAAACAAACAAAAAAUCCAACUCCCUCCAGCCCCCAACAUUCUGUGUAUUGUAAAGGGAGGGAGAAAGAAAGGUGGAUCUCAUGAUAGCCUUGGGGACCGAGAGCGCUAAAGACAUGACUGGUAUUUUUUAGGCUACCUCCCUCCAACAGCCACAGUGAAUCUGCAGGGGGCAUGUGGUGAGGCUGGUAAGAAUUUACACCUUAGACCCUCUGACCAGAGCAAGCAAGUCAGGAGUCCUGAGCCCUGUCAUUAAACCAUUAUGUGUUACAUUUUGAGAACGUAGUGCCUCGACACAUGCUUAUAUUUUUUGGAAUCUAUUUGGGUAAAUCAGGUUCAUUCAUUAAAUUAUAUUUAUUGAGUGCUUACUGUGUGCAGAGCACACAGAGACUUGGACUUGGGAAGUACAAGUCGGCAACAUAUAGAGAUGGUCCCUACCCAACAGCAGGCUCACAGUCUAGAAGGGGGAGACAGACAAGUUGAUACUGUUUGAAGAAACUCAAAAGUCUUGGUUACUAUUCAGAAUUCUCUUGUGAAAGUGCAAACUGUAUGAAUUGAAAACUCUCCAAAAAUGCCAACCUGUCUGACAGAAAAAAAAGAGAAUCUGUUCUCAUGCUCCCCUCAAACAUUGUUAAGCUUUAAAUGAUUUUGGGUUAAAGGAGCAAACUACCAGUUUUAAUGAUUGAAUUUGAAUCUUCCUCUUUGGGAUCCCUGAACACAAUGUAAAACUAUGAUGUAUCCUUUAGGGCUUUGGAUCCCUCAUAAUCCCACCUAAAAGGAUGACACUGCCUCACCCCAUGGCUUCCAAAUGGGUAUUCCAUAAUAAUAAUAAUAAUAAUUAUCAUGAUGGCAUUCAUUGAGCGCUUACUAUGUG